CUUUUAUUUGGUCUUAAUAUCAUGGGAAAAGGCUUUUAUUGCUAAAAUGGAAAAUGUAUCAUCAGACAAUUUAUUAAAGAAACCCUCAUAUUUCAGUUUGAAGCAUAUAUUUACAUUUGGUACAUGCUCUUAUUCCUAUAAAUACCGGUUUUUGAGCAUGAAAAAUGAAUCAGAAUAUAAAUUAUCACUAUAUAAAGGACCUUUUAAAAUUUUGAAGAGAUCUAUGAGGAUUAGACGUUUAUCAGAUCAUUCUAGGAAUUUAGUUAAGGAAUUGAUUGUUUCAUCAAAAUAUAGUAGCAAUUCCUUUAUGUUUUUUGAAUGGGAUCAUGUAAAUGUGGAUAUUCCUGAUAUUGAAGAUAAAGAAACAGUAAUUAGCAUGGCAGAAAUUGCUAGUAAUGCUUAUGUUGAUGUGCCUAAUACAGGGGAUUGGAUAGAUGUAGGUGGAGGGUUAGAUAUUGUUGAUGAUGAUUCAUGGAAUAAAACGGCGCUUCAUGGACAUGUUUUUAUAGAUGAUCAAAAUAAAACAGUAAUUAUAGCGUUAAAAGGGACAAGCCCAGAGCUUUUUGGUGUCUAUGACCCUACGACUGGUAUAAAGGAUAAAAUUAAUGAUAAUUUACUUUUUUCAUGUUGUUGUGGGCGAGUAUCAUGGAUAUGGACGCCAGUUUGUAAUUGUUUUAAUGGUAUUUAUUCAUGUGAUCAACGAUGUCUUGAAAAAGAGCUUCUUGAUGAAUCUCAUUAUUACAUGAUUGCUUUGAAUAUCUUUUACAAUGUUUCUAGCAUCUAUCCUGAAGCAAAUGUGUGGAUGGUAGGUCAUUCUUUGGGUGGAGCUCUUUCAUCAUUAGUUGGUUUAACUUUUGGUCUUCCAACAGUUACUUUUGAAGCUCCAGGGGAAAAAUUAGCAGCAAAACGUUUACAUUUGCCUUUUCCCCCUGGACUUCCUGAUGAUGAAUCUUAUGUAUGGCAUUUUGGGCAUACUGCAGAUCCUAUUUUUAUGGGUACAUGUAAUGGACCUAAAUCAACAUGUUGGUAUGGCGGAUAUGCAAUGGAAACUCAUUGUCAUAGUGGUCUUUCCUGUAUUUAUGAUAUCAUUGCUGAUAAAGGUUGGAAAAUGGCAAUUGGUACACAUCGAAUUAAACAAGUAAUUGAUAUUAUUAAAGACUAUGAAGAUGUUCCAAAAUGUAAUGCAUAUCCUGAUUGUGUGGAUUGCCCUGGUUGGACUUUUUAUGAUGGUCCUUUAAGUACUCCAAGUAUUAAAACUUUUGGAUAAUCAUACACACAUAAUAUAUAUACAUUUAUAAAUACGAAUAC